UGCGCGCUCGCGCUACAGUUCUGUUUCUAUGCGAGAUUUGUUUUCAAAUGGAGGAGUCUUUGAUAUUCCGAUGGGACCAGGAAUACUCAAAGUACGGCGGCUGCAGCGAUAAGCUGGGCCGAAGCGAUUCGGUGUCAUCUGCGAGGUUCGAAUCAAGUUUACGCUCCUAGGGGUAAACAGAGACGCUACAGUUUUUUUAGUGUUUUAUCGGCGCAGGGUAGUUUUCCAACCGGCUUCAUUAGCUUGACGAGCUAGCAUACAUGCCAACAGCUGUGGGGCGUUAAUGGAGAUGCGUUGGAAGGUGUAGCAGAGGUGUUUUAUUUAGGUUUGUUUGCGCUGCUUUGUAACAUGGACUCUGGUGGUAGUUGUAGUCUGACAGCGUUAGCUCGUCUAAGGUGAAGUCCCUGCUCAAAUAGUUAUGAGCAGUUUCAAUCAAAACCUCCGCAUAAGCUCGUCUUUCAGCGCAGACAGUAAGGGUCCAGCGGUCAACGCCGACACCGGGAACACGGACUGGGUUCUGGGAGGCGAUGUAUUUUCCUGCUGUCACGAGAUGAGCCUCGUGGACGACUCGAUGCAGGCGGGGAUGUCGUCGGUCCAACCGGGACUGGACGGUCACCUGCCGCUAAUACGUGCCCAGGACCACGGCUCCCAGGAUGGGAUAUUUUUGGAGCUGGGCUCCCCGGAAGACUACCUGGACAGCAGCCCGUUAGAGUACAGGGACAGCGAUGGGAACGGCGUUGGGCCGUUAUUCGAGAGGAGGAAGAGGUCUCGCUCCAACAGCUCCAGACACAGGUUUAACGAGGUGGUGACGGAACUGGUCCCGGAGGAGGUUCGGUGGUUCUAUAAAGAAGACAAGAAAACAUGGAAGCCUUUUAUCGGACACGACUCUCUUAAAAUUGAGCUAAUGUUUCGGAAAUACUGCGAGCUGAACCCCGGUGCGAUACGCUCCGGGGUCGGCGAUGGAGAGGAGGAGACUGGCGGUAAAUGUGUGGACAGCCCGGGGCAGAACGGCGCAGUGCCCGUGGACACUGGCACUAGCAGCGUGGACGAAGGCCGUGGCUCUCUUGACACAUCUACUGUGUCCUUUGAUGGGACAGACCCGGACUGCACUGAAAUCAACGUGGAGCGUGUGUGUGUUCGGGGAGGCCUUUAUGAGGUCGAUAUAAAAGAGAGAAAAUGCUACCCUGUCUACUGGAAGCCAACAGAUGUGUCAGAGUCAGCAGCAGCCAUAACCCCCCAUACCAGCAUAACUCCUCCUCCCUGUCCCAGUGAAGAAGAACAAGACCAUAUUUCUGUGAUGAGAGGCCAGUGGUUCAUUGAUGGUAGCUGGCUCCCGCUGGAGGAAGAAGAGAGCGACCUCAUUGAGCAGGAGCACCUGAACCAUUUCCGAGGCCAACAUUUGCAGGACACCUUUGAGACGGAUUUGGUGGUGAAGACCGUUGAUAGCAAAGAUGUUCUCUCCCACCUGCCCCCUUUCUAUCUCCCGUUUCUGUUCAAAUGGAGUGGAUAUCAGACGGGUGCUAAAACUGCAGGUCACAAGCGCAAACGCUGCCAAGCCAUCCACCAUUUGAAGCUGAGCCGGACGCAUGUAGAUUGGCACAGCGUAGAAGAAGUCUACCUUUACAGCGACGCUACCACAUCAAAAAUUGCUCGCACUGUUACCCAGAAACUGGGGUUCUCCAAAGCCUCAAGCAGCGGCACACGGCUCCAUCGAGGUUAUGUAGAGGAGGCCUCUCCAGAGGACCGGCCCCCUCAGACUACCCACGUUGUCUUUGUGGUGCACGGGAUUGGCCAGAAGAUGGACCAGGGCCGCAUAAUCAAAAACACUGGAAUGUUGAGGGAAGGCGUGAGGAAAAUGGAGGAGAAGCACUUUUCUGAGCACAAUGAUGAACACGUAGAGUUUCUCCCUGUCGAAUGGCGUUCUAAACUAGCGCUGGAUGGAGAUACGGUUGACUCCAUCACACCAGACAAAGUGCGAGGGCUGCGAGACCUUCUCAACAGCAGUGCCAUGGACAUCAUGUACUACAACAGUCCUCUUUAUCGCGACGAAAUAACCAAGGGGCUCACAGAAGAGCUGAACAGACUGUACUCGCUCUUCUGCUCGCGGAACCCUGAUUUUGAAGAACGGGGUGGAAAAGUGUCUAUUGUGUCUCACUCCCUUGGCUGUGUCAUCACCUAUGACAUUAUGACAGGAUGGGAUCCCGUACGGUUCUGUCUGCAGGAGCAUUGCGCAGUAGAGGAGGAGCAGGAUUUCCGCUGGAUGUCUUAUGAAGAGAGGCAGCUUUUAGAGGAGCUGAGGCUCACAAAGAAUAGGUUAAGAGAGUUGGAAAAUCAACUGGUCAAACUGGAGGCCUCUAAUCCUUCAGCUCCUCCAGCUCUUAAAUUCAAGGUAGAAAACUUUUUCUGCAUGGGGUCUCCUCUAGCAGUUUUCUUGGCCCUGCGAGGGAUUCGGCCAGGCACCAGCGGCCACCAGAACCACAUCCUGCCCACCUCCAUCUGCAGCCGGCUCUUCAAUGUCUUCCAUCCCACAGACCCUGUGGCUUACAGACUGGAGCCUCUCAUCCUUAAGCAUUAUAGUAACGUUGCACCUGUCCAGAUACAUUGGUGUAGUGCCACUAACCCUUCAUCCUAUGAUGAGGUACGGCCUACCUUCCUCAAUCCAGUUAAAGAUCCAGCUUCAGACACGGAGAGUAUUCCCAGCCCGAGUACGUCUCCUGUCUUGGCCCGUAAACACUAUGGAGAGUCUAUCACCAGCCUGGGAAAGGCCAGCAUACUAGGUGCAGCAAGCAUAGGAAAGGGUUUAGGAGGCAUCCUCUUCUCACGGUUUUCCCGAUCAAACAGCCAACCUUCAGUGUCCUUAGGAGUUGAGGGAGGAGCAAACGCUGAGGAAGAAGAGGAGAAGCGCACAGAAAGCCAGUCGUCUUACGGUCUUUCCACAAUAACUCGACCAACAUCUCCCACUGGUGACGCUUUAUUGGAGCUGGAGAGACGCAUCGACUUUGAGCUGAGGGAGGGUCUGGUAGAGAGCCGCUAUUGGUCAGCUGUGACCUCACACACUGGCUACUGGUGCUCACAUGACAUUGCACUCUUCUUGCUGACCUUCAUAUAUAAUAAGUCAACACCCUCUGCCUCAGCAGAAGACACUCCGGAACCAGACUGAGGCGUCUUGUAACUUCUGAAGCUUUUGUCAUUUCCUGACAAAACUCAGUGACUGUUUGAUUCUCCCCUUGCAACCUUUUAAAUACAUAAACUAUCAACCUGUCCUUUGUCUUGAUUUAUGAUCCAGCUACAUUUGAGAGUCAUUGGUAAAAAACUGUUGUUUUUUUACAACAUUUUACAACAAAAAAAACUUCACUCCGCGAUGUAGCCAUUGAUGGACCAGGAGCCCCUACAGACGGAUACUCUGUGCCAGUAUGAACGCUAACAGUACCAUGGAAGAAGAGGCAAUUAUCCUAAAUCAUGGAGGUUCCUCAAGCAUCAAAAAAGCGAUUUCAUUUUCAUCCCAACAUUGAGUCUGUUCAGCUUAUUUGGUUGUCUACAAGUUUAAUGUUUUAUCAGCCCAUCGACUCUGCAGACACUCACUCUGGAGCCUUCUGAUGUAUUUUUGGAUUUAUAAAAGGAAUGAUUGUUACAAAAAGGCUUUUUCACAGAACAUUUAGCCAAAAUGUGAAAAAUCCACUGCUUACAGGGAAUGAAAUGCCUUUUGAAAUCAGCCCAAAAAUGUUACAAAUAUACUAUUUUCACACAAAAAAAACAGUAGGGCAUAAACCCUUUAAUAAUAUUGGCAAUAUGAGUUUUAUUCAGUUGUUUGCUUUCAACUUUUUAAGAUCAGUAAUAUUUGAAAGGCGUAAACCAAAUACAACCUCUGCAUAUUGUAUAUUUGUUGUCAAGUAUGACUUCUUGGUUUAGUUACACUAAAAUAAAACACUUUUAGUUUUUGGGGGAAAUUUCUUUCAGCAGUUGCAGCUAAAUAUUUCCCUUUUAAAUUCCAUGUUACUUUCAGAUGUGUACCUCUUGUAUCACAACAGGCAAAUUGGGAAGCAUAUACUUAUUUUCUUACGCUUUAUGACAGUGGCAAGGUCUUGAUGGUGUGAUUUACACGAGUUCUGCUGAAAGCAGUCAUUGUUGCUCAACUGAAAUCAACGCUUCUUUAUUAUUUUUAUUAAUUUAUGGAGAUUCAUCUGAUCGUCCUUGUCUUUGCCUAUAUGUUUUUAUUGAUGUCCAAAUGAAAUGAAUGGUUCUAUACGUAUUUUUAUUGGAAAACAGAAAUAUUUUCAUAAUGAUUUUCAGGCGCUUGCAGAUAUAAACCUGAAUCUCAUCAUGUGAAAAGUGGGAUUCAGACUUGUGGCCAAAUAACAUUUAUGUGUCCAGUGUGUUAGCUGCUGUAGUAAAGCUACUGCCUGUGGUCCAUUGAAAAAUGUAAUUGACAAGGUGUGAAACUUAAAAGUGCGUUUGUUUAGGUGUUUCGAAGACAAUGCAUAUGUUAUCGUUUCUCCGCUUUUUCUUACCAAUGUGCACUUUUUCCCUUUGGCCGGAUGUUAUAUUGGUGUUUAUUUAUGAAAAUUUCCAGCUGCAGUCGAAUAGUCAAACAAAGUCACUUAAAGUAUAAUUGCUUGUAUGAAACCUAGAUUUAUUCCAAAAAGAUAGAAAAAACAAAGACAGGAUAUGGCAAGUAAUUAUUUUCUAAAAAAGAUAAAAUUAUCUGUGGUUGUAGGCGCAAACAAGAUCCCUCAUUAAUUUAUAGUCCCAGUAAUAUUUCUGCAGGAACUAGAAUGCUUUUGCACUUUGCAUGGUUUCAGAUAAAUAGCUGAUGAAUGUUGGAACAAUAAAAAUAGUGCUGUGUGCCAACACGCAUCUAAGAAUUUUGAACACUGCAAAAUAACUCAUUUGAGACACGCAAGCAAAGGAUGAAGAAACAAACGGAGUUGCAUUAAAAAGUGUCAAAUUUAAUGUAUCCAUUCUUGUUGUGUUAUCAUACAGGGUCAUCUCAUUAAGUUGGAGUAUCAUCAAGUAAUUGAUUUAUUUCAGUAAUACGCUUCUAGAAGUUAAACUCGUAUAAUGUGUAGAUUAAUUGCACAGAGUGAUUUAUUGGUUAUGGUUUAUACAAUAAAAAUUUAAAACUUGA